GCAAGGUCCGAGGUUGCGCUGCGUUCCGCCUCUUUGACUUUGCACGAAAAUUUCGAUCCGAGUCUCAGCGGCUAUCAUUUGCAGGUCCGAAAGGGGUGUGUGUGGCGGUGUGAAAAGUUAGGGGGCGUGUGUGUCCUCAUACUUAAAUAUUCGAAUACUACAUCGAGCCAUCACUGCUGAUUCCUUGCGCGUCAGUGAUGUAAUUUGGGACCACGUCUUGGCACAGUGUGUAACAGGAUGUCUUCUCUGAAGCUGAACUCUUCUAGUUAAACAGAAGGCGAUGCUGUUUCCAGGAUGUAUUCUGCUCUGCAUCCUUCUGCGGGAGGCAGAAAGUGCAGUGGAUCAUGUGACACUGCAGUGCCCUCUGUCUCUGGCGGGGGCUCUGCAUCCUGUCCAGGCCCAGCUGGAGAGGUUUGGGGCGGGGCCAGGUUGUGCUGCUAAAGAGGGCGGGGCUAAAGAGACCCACGUGAUCUCCGUGGAGAAAGCUAGCCACAGCCCAGACAAACAGGUAACCGUCGUGCUGAGGCCAUUAUCCUAUUCCCGUCCUGUUGCGCGCCCUGUCAUGCUCCUCCUGAGUUCUCAGCAUGGUGUAUCCUGGGUCUUAGAGAGUGAGGGGCUACCAGAGAAUCUCCAUGUGAUGAUACAGGUGUCAGUGAACUCAGAGGUGGAGCUGGGCCGUGUGUCAGCGCGUGUUCACUCCGUCCCCAUGAUGCCCUGGCAGCCUCGUGCACUGUUACACUGGACUCUUCAGCGUCAUUCCACCAUCUCCUCCCUCAUACACUCCGCCCACGCCAACCGCAUCUACCUCCGUCUUGGAGAGGAUCCCAGCAUGCCGAGCGUUUGUCACCUGCAGCCUCUCUUCCUGUCUCAAAACUACCUGGCAUCGGAGCUGCAAGAACAGCAACUCAGUGGCUGCACUCCCACAAUCAGGGAUGCUGACCCGGAAGUACAUGUAAUAAAGCUGUGGUCCGCAGGGUCCGGACUGUGUGGCUCAUUGCAGGUGGAAGUGCCAAUCUCUCUGCUGCCCCCUGUGGUAGAUGUGGGGUGGUACAACAUAGUGUUGGUGCUGAGCAGUGCAGCACCAGUGAACUGGGCUCUGGUAACCCCUGGCCUCCGUGGCCACAUCACUGUCCACUCGUCGCACAGUGUGACCCCACUCUAUCCGCCCAAACCUGACCUCAGCAUGACCAGCACAGUGGUCCCGGACCUGCUCACAUUCCCUGACCUGCUCGUCUGGGCCAAUCAGAGCGGCUAUCCCAUUGUGACAUCAUACACCGAAGCUAACCUGGCCAAUCGCUUUGCGAUCAAACUGAGGAGGGGCGGGACAGCCCAAGCCAUGGAGGCGAAGACAGAGGAGGAGAGGCUGAGGCAGUGGCUGUCUCGUGAGGAUGACGAGGAUGAUGAAGGAAGCAGGGAGGCUGUCCGUGCUCAGUGUGUGGAUGGACGACUCACUGUCUCUGUGGAUAAGCACAUCUUACAGGCUCUGUCACUGUCUGUAUCCACGGUGACUCUGCGAGACCCCUCCUGCCAGGCCCAGUCCAAUGGGAGUCACUUCCUGUUGGCAUUCCCAGUCAUUUCCUGUGGGACAGAGGGAGAGAUGGAACGACAGAGCAAAGGAGUGCAUUACAAAAACAUGGUGUUACUAUGGAAACAUAAGCCUCUUUUUAGUGUGCAUAAUGAGACAAAUUGGAAGAAGACUGAAGAGUCCACUCCACUUGUUAUACAUUUCAGCUGCAUGACACUUUUACCUAGCCCACCCACUAAGGCAGAGCUGAACACGUCCCCCAGGCCAGAGGGGGCACUGUUGCGUGGCCGUGCCUUGGACCUGCCGUGGCUGGCGAGGCCCGGUAGCGCCCCUACGCUCUCCAUGCAGCUGUUUCCAAGCGAGAAGUUCGAGCGGCGGGCCAUGGGCCCCUGCGUGGUGGCAGCGGGCACGCGUGUCUAUGCCGAGAUCUCAGGCAGCAGUAGCCUCAGUGGGAGGGUGGAGGUGAGUGCCUGUAUGGUGUCUCCUCUCUCGGACCCCCGCGCCCACGCCGGCUGGCCCCUCAUCCACAACUCCUGCCCUGCUGACCCCUCCUUCACCCUGGAGCCCUCACACAGAGAGGGCUGGCCGCAGGAGACCAGGGGUGAGGAGGACGACAGCGAGGAAGAUGAAGGAGGGAGGAAGGCGCGCGACGCGAGAGGCCAGCACGAACCUGGUCGGCAGGGCGGGGCCAGCAGACAAGAGAAAGCGAGGAACGGAGAGAAGGAGAACUCGGGGAGGCCGAGGUCACCGGCACCAGGGAGACUUCAGGCAGACGGCGAAGGAACCAGGCCCCAGGGAGGAAGGAGCGAGGAGGCGCCAGGAGAGGAGGAGGCGAGGGACCUGAGGUUCAGCUUCACGCUCAAGCCUGUGUUUAACAACUCCAUCCAGUUCCUGCACUGCAGCCUGCUGGUGUGUCAGAAGACCCAGCCUGAGGGGUCCCUGGGGACCACGACUCCCAGAAACUGCACACAGGGGCCAUCCAUUCCUGCUCUAAUACACACACCUGCUACACAGCAGUGUGAACACAGAAACUUGUCCAGGCCAGUGCUAGUCACCUAUUCAGCUACUGAAGGCCUGGCUGGUCUACUGGCACCCCCUGCUGGCCAGCUUUCACAAAAGUAUGGUGGAAUGGAGACAUCACAGCACAGCUCCUACAGCACUGGUGUGGACACGGGGCCUGUGUUGGUUGCUGUAUUCUCUGCCUUUCUGCUGGGUGUCAGUGUCGUGGGGGUGCUGUGGUGCAUCUACUCCUGCACAGGGCAACCUCCAGCUGUGCACAGAGAUGUUCCCAUAGAGACCAUGAAUCUCAACCCCAGGUCCUGGAACCCAGUAGCUCAGCUGGAACAAACCAUCAGCUCUGUGUAGAGGCGUUUGACAGCAUGAAUAAACUCGUGUGUGUGUGUGUGUGUGUGUGUGUGUGUGAGGAAGGGAGGGAGGAAGAGUAUGUGCCUUUAGGUAUGUGUGUCAGUGGGUUCCAGAGUCCAGCCCUCAUUCUUCCCAAACAUCAGAAUAGCCCGUAACCCCAUGAACCAUGGCCUUCUUAACCCACUGGAGUUCACACAGGCCUUUCAGAGAGACCGGAACCACUGAAAUUUGCUGUCGCUGAUCCCCUGUCAUGACUCGGCCAUUGGGUCAUCACUGGGCCACUGGGUCAGUACUGGGCCAUCACUGGGCCAUUGGGCCAGUACUACGUGGCCUUUAGACCUGCACAUUACCAGUUUUCCACAGCGUUUUCCAGGCAGGCUCGGGUCAAGUGAAGAGAAGAUGGCAGACUGCUACUAUACUGUUACAAUCAGUCAAACUGAGCUCAGAGUGAAAAAUGUGAUAUCAUUCUAUAGAUAUAUGACUGGUGCUCUGCAGUGUGUGUGUGUGUGUGUGUGUGUGUGAGACUGUGAAUGAUAUGCUUCAUUGUUUCUAUUGUUUCUCAUUGCUGAAGCAACAUUAAAGCGAUCAAUCCGAAUCCUCCGAGUGUGUGUGUGUGUG